UCGAGGAUUUAAGGCACGUGGGGGGGAAAUUCAAGGAGCUAAGGCUAAUGCAUAGGUCCAAACGUCUCGUGAAGAAAUAGAGGCGAGAGGUUCCACUAAUCAUCAAUCCUCUAAUAGAACAGGUUGAAGCUAGAACGAAAUCGGAUUCUGAGGACGAUGUUCCUUCAUAGUUCAUCCCGACUUUGUGUUAGAUCGCGCUCCGGACCCAGCAUAAAUGUUGAGGACGCUCCUGUUAACCCUGUUGUUUCAACUACAGCUGCAGUUACUGUUAAUGCGAGUAUUGAGAUCAAAACCAUUCUCAACACCUCUUCUAAAGCUGAAGCUAAUCCCAGUACUGUUGUUGAAACUAAAACAACCAUGGAUGCAACAGUUAUUGGAGCUAGGAUUGAUCAUGAUGUUGUGGUCGGAACUGAAGCUGAAGCAACUGCCAGUGUUAUGCCAACUAUCUCUAUCGCUUCAACGAAAAUUUUAGAUCCAGGGUUGAAUGUGGUCAUUGCUGCUCCCACCACUCUUAUUACUGCUACCGCAACUGUUGCUACUACUAUUUUCACGUCGUCGUUGGUCUUCACCGAAACAAUGGCUUCUUCUACGGGUCAAUCAGAAGUGUAUCUGCAGCAGAGGGAUGACUCUUUGUUUGAGCUUGAUCGCCAAUUGCUUGAAAAGAAGCAAAGGGUAAAAGAGAUUGAAGGGGUAGGCGAGAAGUUAUCCAGUGAGAACAGAAAGAUUGCUAAUGUUGAACGUAAUAAGCAGCGUCAGACCAAAUCUUAUAAGACCAUGCUUGCUGACCUUCAGACCAAACUUGAAGAGGCAGAGGAGGAGUUGAAGGGCAUGAGGAAGUGCGGCAAACACUAG